AUGACUCUCGAGAAAGUCUACAUUGCAAGACAUGGAUACCGCUCCAACUGGCUCCCACCACCACAUCCGCCCAACCCCACGGGCAUCGACUCGGAUCCGCCCAACCCCACGGGCAUCGACUCGGAUCCGCCCCUCGCACCCCACGGCGUCGAGCAAGCCAAACAACUCGCCGCGUACAUCUACUCGCUCCCACGCUCGGACCAACCGCAAUUCAUCCUCACCUCGCCCUUUUACCGCUGCGUAGAAACCGCGCAGCCCAUUGCGCGCAUGUUGAACUUGCGCGUGGGGCUCGAGCGCGGCGUCGGCGAGUGGUUCAAGCCCGGUCGAGGAGUCGUACCUACGCCAGCGGACUACAGCGACUUGGGCCAAUUCUUCCCCGAGGUGCUCAUGGAGGAAGACGCAUGGCCGCGGGACCAUUUGGGGGUGAUCCCGAGUCUUGAAGGGGAGACACCCGAGCGGAUCUUGCAGCGGGCCCGCGCGUUCUGGCACGCGUUCAUCCCUCAAUUUGAAGCACAGUUUCCACGUGUGGAGAAUAUUUUGAUUGUGACGCAUGCGGCGACCAAGAUUGCGUUGGGGUGCGCCUUGCUUGAGUUGGACUCGGUCACGAGCGCCAUCGACGCUGACGGCACCAUGUUGCGCGCGGGCGCGUGCUCAUUAUCGGAGUACGUGAGAAAUGAGGGGGACAACAAGUGGGCGUUGAAGAUGAAUGGCAAUUGCGAGUUCUUGACCCAGGGCGAAGAGAUGAACUGGGAUUUCACCACGGGGGUUGAGGCUGGGUCAGCUGAGGAUAUCGCGAGACGCAAGAAAGAGGCGCAGGGUAAGCAAGAGCCUGAUGCCGAAAAACCUACCGGUGACGCCGAAAACGAGGAGGCCGUCCUGGCCAACGAGGAGGAUUUUGAGGUACGUGAUUAGAAAAUAAAAACAAAGAGCCAAUAUAUCUGGAUUAUAGAAGGGGAGACGUGAAGCCUGAUUUUUUUUGGUUGUUUUUGACGUAUAGAGAAACUAGAAAACAUAAUAGAAUAGAGAGACAUGCACAUUUGGACACAAGAAUCAAUCAAACACGAAAAAGAGCAAAGAAAACCGUCCUUUCAUUCCCCAUAAACCUGCCUGCUUUUUGUAGUUUUUUCUUUUUACUAACAGGCAUCCCGCAAUAGCACUUUUACAUCACAAUAGAUCUACCGCUAGUCAGCCAGAAACACGACGACGGCGAAAACCUCGGCUCAGCAACCAGCAGCACCAAGACCAAGAGCCAAACGCCACGAGCCAAGAACAACAUCAUCAAAUCAUCAGCGCAACUCCAAUUCACCGACUUGAGCGGCGCCAGUCCGCUCGUUAAGAUCUCCAAUAACUCAGCCGUGGGCUCGGCAACCGAAACUUCAACCAACGGCACUCUAAAUCACGUGAUGGACGCGUCGGAGCUCAUCAACAACCGCAUCUUCGAGACCAAGUGGCACGAGCUCGUGGGGUCGGAACUCAUAUUCGACGACUAUGGCGAGUUGAUUGGGCAAGUCAAGGAGCACCUCACGUGCAACCCCAAGUCCAAGUUUGUUUCGCUCAAGCCCCCCGAACCCAAAGUUAAAGAAGAAAAGGACGCCGAGGAGGAGGGCACGAACAGAAGGAGGAAACAGAGCGCAUUUUUGAAACGGGCUAUUCGAAUAGCGAAAGCGAGGGAAAAGGCCACCAUCGGUGACUAG